AAGUGGACAACACCAUCCCCAGAGAGGACCCUCUGUUUCCUGGUGUUUGUGUUUGGACUAAACUCACCUCUAAGGCCAUCUUUUUGAAUCUGCCCCAUCAACUUGGCUGGCAUGGCUACAACUGAGUUAUACACCAAGGGUGCGUGUGUGUGGGUGCCCGACACUGACAGUGUGUGGGUGUCCGCUCGGCUUGUGCGGGACUUCAGCCCAGGAGAUGGCCAGCUCCAGCUGCAGCUAAGCGAUGGCAGGGAGGUUUCCUACCCAGUCACAGACCUCACUGGACUCCCCCCGCUGGGUAACCCUGACAUCCUGGAGGGGGAGAAUGACCUGACAGCUCUCACCUUCCUGCACGAGCCGGCUGUCCUGCACAACCUGCGGGUCCGCUUCCUGGACUACAGCAGCAUCUACACCUAUUGCGGAAUUGUACUGGUGGCCAUAAACCCAUAUGAGUCGUUACCCAUAUACGGGGAGGAGGUGAUCGAUGCCUACAGUGGACAAGACAUGGCAGACAUGGAGCCCCAUAUAUUCUCUGUGGCUGAGGAAGCCUACCGCACCAUGACCAGGGAGGAGAAGAACCAGUCCAUUAUCAUAAGUGGCGAGUCUGGCUCAGGGAAGACCGUGUCUGCCAAGUUCACCAUGCGCUACUUUGCUGUGGUGGGGGGUGCUGCCCAGCAGACUAGCGUUGAGGAGAGAGUCCUGGCAUCUAACCCUAUCAUGGAGGCUAUUGGCAAUGCCAAAACCACACGGAAUGACAACAGCAGCCGGUUUGGGAAGUACAUAGAGAUUGGAUUUGGACGCAAGGGUGACAUCAUUGGAGCAAACAUGAGAACAUAUUUAUUGGAGAAAUCUCGAGUUGUUUUUCAGGCUUCCAUGGAGAGAAACUAUCACAUCUUCUACCAGCUUUGUGCCUCUAAAGACCUGCCUGAGAUGAGGGUACUCAAACUAGAGGCAGCUGAGUACUUCCGAUACACCAACCAAGGGGAAGAGACCCAGAUUCCUGGCACAGAUGAUGUUGUUGAGCUAGAGCGCACUCGUAAUGCCUUCACCAUACUGGGCGUGCAGUCAGACCAGCAGAUGGAACUGUUCCGCAUCCUUGCAGCUGUCCUGCACCUCGGAAACAUCAACAUUCAGGCCAGUGGCAGAGGAGGAGACCGCAGCUACAUUGAUACGGAGGACCGCUCGCUGGCGCUGUUUGCCAAGUUGCUGGGCGUGGAGGGGGCGCAGAUGGCCCACUGGCUGUGCCACCGGCGGCUGGCGGUGGGUGGCGAGAUGCUGGUGAAGCCCAUGCCGGGCCGGCAGGCCGUGGAGGCGCGGGACGCCCUCGCCAAGCACAUCUACGGCCAGCUCUUCAGCUGGACUGUGCAGAGGCUCAACGCUGCCCUGCGCGCACAGAGGGAGCAGCCAAAGUCCUUCAUCGGAGUCCUGGACAUCUACGGGUUUGAAACAUUUGACAGGAACAGCUUUGAACAGUUCUGCAUUAACUACGCUAACGAGAAACUGCAACAGCAGUUUAACAGACAUGUGUUCCACCUGGAGCAGGAGGAGUAUGUGAGAGAGGAGCUGCCCUGGAACCGCAUCGAGUUCAGUGACAACCAGCCCUGCAUUGACCUGAUCGAGGGCUCACUCGGCCUGCUGGACCUGCUGGAUGAGGAGUGUAGGAUGCCCAAGGGCUCAGAUGAGAGCUGGGCCAGGAAGCUGUAUGACCAGCAUGCCACGAAGUGCGCCCACUUCCGCAAGCCCCGCAUGUCCAACACAGCCUUCAUCAUCCUGCACUUUGCUGAUACGGUUCAGUAUGAAUGUGAUGGGUUUUUAGACAAGAACCGUGACACGGUAUUUGAAGAGCCUAUCAAUAUCAUGAAAGCAAGCCAGUCAGAGCUUGUUGCUGAGUUGUUCCAGCAGGAUUCAGCAGGGGGCGCUGUGAAGCUGUCUGUGCCCAACGGGAGUCUGCGCUCCGGCAAGAGAGGUCACCGAGAGCACAAGCUGACAGUGGGCUUUCAGUUUCGCCAGUCUCUCCAGCUUCUGAUGGAAACCCUGAACAGCACCACUCCUCACUAUGUCCGCUGUAUAAAGCCCAAUGAUCUCAAAGAGCCAUUUGUCUUUGACCCCAAGAGGGCGGUCCAGCAGCUGCGAGCCUGUGGAGUUCUGGAGACCAUACGCAUCAGCGCCGCAGGAUACCCAUCAAGAUGGACUUACGAAGAGUUCUUCAGCCGGUACCGUGUGCUGCUACGGGGUUCCCUCAGUCCGGCGGUGGUGCGUGCCAGCUGCCAGCGGACCCUGUCAGAACUCAUCCCCGACUCGGAGCAGUACUGCUUCGGCAAGACUAAGGUGUUCUUCCGGGCGGGCCAGGUGGCCGUGCUGGAGAAGCUGCGGUCAGAGAGGCUGCAUGUGGCCGGGGUGGUCAUCCAGAGCUGGGUGCGCGGUUGGCUGGGCCGCCGCCGUUACCUCCGCCUCCGUUGGGCCACCCUCACCCUGCAGAGAUACGCCCGCGGGGGACUGGCCAGGAGGCUGGCUCAAACUCUCCGUUACACGCGCGCGGCGUUGGUCAUCCAGAAGACGUACCGCAUGGUGGUGGUGCGGCAGCUCUACUGGAUGAUCCGAGAGGCCACCAUCACAAUCCAGGCCUUCACCAGAGGCACGCUGGUGCGCAGGAACUACCGGAAGUUGCUGGAGGAGCGUGCUGCCGUGUGCUUGCAGGCUGCGGUGCGCGGCUGGCUGCAGCGGCGGACUUACGGACGCGUUCGGGCCGCCGUGGUGCUGAUGCAGUGCUGCGUGCGCAGGCGUCUUGCCCGCAAAGAGCUGCAGAAGCUGCGGGCAGAGGCGCGCUCUGUUGAGAAGUUCCGCGAGCUCAACAAGGGCAUGGAGGUCAAGCUGAUGCAGCUACAGCUCCGCGCUGACCAGCAGGCCAGGGAGAGUGGCAGUCUACGGGAGACACUGCACGCGGAGCGUGUCGCCCACUCAGCCGAGCUGGAGCAGCUCCGCGGGGCCCUGCACCGCCUGGAGGUCCAGCUGCAGGAUCAGCCCCAGAGGACCCGCAAGAUCUCCGAGAGAGAGGAGGAGGAGAGGAGGAAGAUCGAUGAGAGGACGACCAGCGAGAUCCUCCACCUCACACAGGAGAUAGAGGCUCUUAAGGCAGAGAGAGAUGGCCUGCUGAAAGACAAAGAGGAGCUCUCUGCACGUUUACUGGAGCAGGAGAAAGAACAGGCAGACUGUGUCCAGAAGGCGGUGUCGCGGGCAGGAGAGGGCGUCCAGGCGGAGCUGGAGGAGGAGCGGCGUCGCUACCAGGGCCUGCUGAGAGAGUUCACCCGCCUGGAGCAGAGAUACGACAACCUGCGCGACAUGAGCCUGCUCACCGAGCGCCCGCGGGGACACCGGCGGACGGACUCGACUCAGAGCUUGGUCCUGGAGACCCCCUCCCCCUCCCCCAGCACGCACGGCUUCUUCUUCCCGUCGCCCGAGGAGGUGCGCAGGGUCAGCGUGACCUCGCCCACCUUCGACAGGAGACCCCUCAGCCCAGAUGGCCCCCUGAACGUGCUGAUGGAGGAGGUGGGGGUUGCAAAAGACACGGCUGAUAAGAUGCAAGGGGAAGAUCUCAGGCAUGCAUAUGACGCUGUGCGUGUGGCCAACAAGUUCCUGGAGACCCAGCUGUUGACCCAGCGCAGGCAGUGGGAGGAGGAGUUGGCUGCCCUGAGACUGCAGGUCAAGGGGUCAGACAGAGAGCGUCCACCGUCUGCAACCCAGACCAGCGCAGACCUGCAGGAGCUGCUGGAGCAGGUGGAGGUGAGAGAGUUGGAGUGCUGUCGCCUGAGGAAGGAGCUGACAGAUCUGAGGAGCGUGGCCAGGCUGAGGAGGGUUCUGGCUCUCACAGGCCCUGCAGUGAGCUCUUCCACUCCCCAGGCCUCCGCCACCCCUCAGAAGAAAGGGGGAAGCGCUGGGGGCCUGCUGGAGUGCCGCAAGAAGGACGAGGCCAAGCUCAUCAAGACCCUCGUGACAGACGUGCGUGUGGACAUUGCCCUGUCGCUGCCCCUGGGUCUGCCCGCGCGGGUGCUCUUCCUGUGCGUGCGGCAAGCCGACUGCAGCGGGGACCAGGCACGGGCACGCUCCCUCUGCACCGCCGCCGCGGCCGGCAUCAAGGCCGCACUCAAGAAGCAUUGUAAUGAUCUGGACAUGACUGCUCUAUGGCUGAAGAACACCUGCCUACUUGCAGACCUCCUCACCCAGCAUUCAGCAAAGCAGGAUCUGGCUUGUGAGGACCUCCUGCCACUGGCGUUUGAUGUGAGCGAGACGAGCCGGGCGCUGAGUGACCUGCGUAUCCAGGCCUAUCAGCAGCUGCUGUCCAUCUGCGAGAGCCGGCUGCAGCCCAUUAUCGUUCCGGCCAUGCUCGAGAGCGAGACCAUCCCAGGUCUGUCUGGCUCGGCCGCUAAGCUGGUCAGCUCUCGUAAGCGGGCCGGUUCGGACCCACGUGCACCGGGCUCGGAGGCGCCCACCAUGGCACAGGUCCUACGUGAGUUGGGCGCGCUGCACGCAGCGUUGACCCGUCAGGAGCUGCCACUGCCGCUGCUGGAGCAAGCCCUGCGUCAGCUCAGCCACCUGCUGGUGGCCAGCGCCCUCAACUGCCUGCUGCUGCGCAAGGACAUGUGCUGCUGGAACCGAGGCCUUCAGAUCAGGUACAACGUGAGCUUGCUGGAGGAGUGGCUGCGUGGCCGUGGGCUGCAGGCAGGGGGCGCUGUGGCCACACUGGAGCCACUGAUCCAGGCAGCCCAGCUCUUGCAAAUGAGCAAGAAGUCGGAGGCCGAUGCAGCGGCAAUGGUCCAGACUUGCCAUGUGCUGUCGACUCAACAGAUUGUCAAGAUUUUAACUCUUUACACCCCGCAAAGUGAUGCAGAGGAGAGGGUCACACUUAAUUUCAUUCGUAUUGUACAGGGUCAGCUGAAGGAGCGUUCUGACGGCCAGCCCCCACAGCUGCUGAUGGACGUGCGCAGGGUCUUUCCCGUCACCUUCUCCUACCAGCCGCCCCCACCCCAGCAUGCUGAGCAGCUGGCCAUCCCCGAGUCCCUCAAGAUCUCCUUCCUCCGCAAAGCCUAAGAGUGACUGAUGGUGUAAUGACAAACAGUCUGACUGUCGACCUCUGGGCACACUGAUUUUAAGUGUCAGGAGAAUGAGCGUGGGUACCAUGAUAGCACUCUCUUUUUGGAAGAAUACACUUUGCCCUCCAUGUAGAGCAAAUCAAGAGGUUUGGGACUACUAUUUUCAUUGCCAAAGUACUGUUACAGUAUGUAAUUCAGUUUUUCCUUUUAUGACAUUAGCAAUGUCAAAAAUAUUGGCAUUUUUGGACAUAUUUUGUGUAGGCCAUGAAUGUAUUUGUAGAGGCUGCAUGAUUACGAUCAGGACACAAGUUUUGUCUUUUGAAACAUUGUUUAUUGGAAGUAGAGACACAGAGAUGCAGUAGUCCAUCUCAACUCCAUCCCUAAUAAGAGCAAUUGUUUAAAAAAACAAAAACAAAAAUUAUAAACAUCUUCGUAUAAAAACUCUCU